AUGAGAAAAGUUGAUCUCUGCUGGAGCUCUGAAGGGACUGAAGUGAUUUUAGCCACAUCAAGUGAUGAAAAGCAUCCCCCUGAAAAUAUAAUUGAUGGGAAUCCAGAAACAUUUUGGACCACCACUGGAAUGUUUCCCCAAGAGUUCAUUGUUUGUUUUCACAGACAUGUAAGAAUUGAAAAGCUUGUAAUCCAAAGUUACUUUGUACGGACCUUGCGAAUUGAAAAGAGCACAUCUAAUGAGCCAGACAGUUUUGAGCAGUGGAUUGAAAGAGAGCUAGUACACACAGAGGGGCAGCUUCAAAAUGAAGAAAUUAUGGCACAUGAUGGCCAUGCCACUUACUUGAGAUUCAUUAUUACAUCGGCCUUUGAUCAUUUUGCAUGUGUGUAUAGCAUUUCUGCAGAGGGAAUAGCAGUCUCAAAUCUUUCUUAA